AUGGCGUCUAUCUCUAUCAGUGGAACGAACUCUGGAGUUCAAAUCGGACAAAAUAGUGGCCAUAUCACUGCACAGUUUCACCCCCCAACUGAGCAACUUGAAAAAUCAGCAAACCUAGCCUGCCUACGGGAUUUGCAGACGACUAAUCCUCGUCAUGACAAGUAUCGUAUCGAGACGGACAAAGGUGGACUACUCAAAGAUGCAUAUACUUGGAUCCUCGACCAUGCUGAUUUCAUACGAUGGCGCUAUCAGAAACACAGUCAACUGCUGUGGAUUAAAGGGGACCCUGGGAAGGGUAAAACAAUGCUCUUGUGUGGAAUCAUCGACGAGCUCACGAAGUCCGCUCCUGACACGCACGCUGUCUCCUUCUUUUUCUGUCAGGCCACCGACGUGCGGAUCAACCACGCGACUUCGGUCCUUCGAGGCCUUAUAUCUAUGAUGGUCGACCAGCAGCCAAUCCUCAUCUCCCAUGUACGGAAACAGUAUGACAAGGCUGGGAAGCAGGUCUUUGAAGAUGUUAAUGCGUGGGAAGCUUUGUCGGAAAUCCUUGCUAGUAUCCUCGAGGAUCCACUAUUACGGACAACCUAUUUAAUCAUCGACGCUCUCGACGAAUGCACUAUGGGUUUAUAUCGACUUCUUGAAUUUGUCGCCCAGAAAUCAUCGGCAUACCCACAUAUCAAAUGGAUUGUCUCGAGCCGCAAUUGGCCAACUAUCGAAGAGACACUUGAUACGCUUUCACAGAAGACAAAGCUAUGUUUGGAAUUGAACGAGACAUCCGUCGCUAAGGCUGUCGCUAUCUUCAUUAAUUACAAGGUUCAGAAGUUGGCUGAAAAGAAGAAAUAUAACAAUGAAAAUCGUGAUGCUGUGUUCCAACAUUUGUCGUCCAACGCACAUGGUACCUUCCUCUGGGUGGCCUUGGUUUGCAAGGAGCUUACUCAUGUCUCGAAGAGACACGUUCGAAAGAAAUUACAAGAUUUCCCUUCUGGUCUUGACGAGCUUUACAAGCGAAUGUUGAACCAAAUCCGCGGACUGGAUGAUGCUGAACUCUGCAAGUCUCUUCUUGGAGUCAUGACGACCGUUUACCGCCCUAUCACGUUUGACGAAUUAAUGUCUUGUAUCGAUUUACCGGAAGACGUUGCACACGAUUAUGCAGAAGACUAUGAGUCUCUAGAAGAAAUCAUAGGGCUUUGUGGCUCUUUCCUAACAAUCCGAGGACGCACGAUCUCUCUAGUUCACGAGUCAGCCAAGGACUUUCUCCUUCAAGAAGCAGAGAUUUUUCCCGGCGGAGAAGACAUUACCCUUGAGGGUCAUAAGGACAGGGUCAACUCGGUUGUCUUUUCCCAUGAUUCCCAUCUCCUCGCCUCCGCUUCAGCUGAUCGCACUAUCAAGCUGUGGGAUACCAGUAACGGCCGAUGCCUACAGACAUUCCAGGGCCAUAGCGAAAUGGUCAACACGGCUACCUUCUCCCAUGAUUCUCGGCUCGUUGCCUCGGCUUCAUGGGAUCGCACCGUUAAGGUAUGGGAUGUCAGCAGUGGGCAAUGCCUACAGACCUUCCAGGGCCAUAACGACAUAGUCGAGUCAGCCGCCUUCUCCCACGAUUCCAAGCUCCUCGCCUCAGCUUCAAGCGAUCGCACUAUCAAGAUAUGGGAUACCAACAGCAGCCAAUGCCUACAGACCCUCGACGGUCAUAGCGACACGGUCAGCUCUACCUUUUUCUCCAAUGAUUCCAAGCUCCUCGUCUCGGCUUCUCUAGAUCGCACUGUCAAGGUGUGGGAUAGGAGCAGCGGUAAAUGCCUACAGACUCUCGACGGUCAUAGCAACUUAGUCCACUGGGCCAUCUUCUCUCAUAAUUCCACGCUCCUCGCCUCAGCCUCAUACGAUCGCACCGUCAAGGUAUGGGAUGCCGAUAGCGGGCAGUGUCUACAGACCUUAGACGGCCAUAACGACAUGGUCAGCUCGACAGCUUUCUCCCAUGACUCUCAGCUCCUCGCGUCGUCCUCGUGGGAUCGCACGAUUAAGGUGUGGGAUACGGCCAGAGGCCAGUGCAUACAGACUCUCGAGGGCCAUAGGGAAGGAGUCAAAUCGGUCGUCUUCUCCCAUGAAUCCAAGCUUCUCGCCUCAGCUUCCUGGGAUCGCACUAUCAAGGUGUGGGACGUCUGUAGCAGCGGGUGCCGAGGGACUCUCGACUGUCAUAGUGAUCUUAUCAACUCAAUCGUCUUCUCCCACGAUUCCAAGCUCCUUGCCUCGUCUUCAUGGGAUCGCACUACAAAGAUAUGGGAUGUCAGCAACGGGGUUUGUCUACAGACCCUCGAGGGCCAUAGCGACAUGGUCAGCUCGGCUAUCUUCUCACAUGAUUCCAAGCACCUCGUCUCGGCCUCAGACGAUCGCACUAUCAAGGUGUGGGAUACCAGCAGCGGUCAGUGCCUACAGACCCUAGAGGGCCAUAGGGAAGGAGUCAAAUCAGUCGCCUUCUCUCGCAAUUCCAAAAUCCUCGCCUCCUCUUCAUGGGAUAGCACCAUCAAGCUAUGGGAUACUGGCAGCGGCUAUUGCUUACAGACCUUUAAGGGCCAUAACUAUAUAGCCAGUUCGGCUCUCUACUCACAUGAUUCCAAGCUGUUCGCCUUAGCCUCAGACGAUCGCACCAUCAACGUGUGGGAUAUUAGCAGCGGUCAAUGCAUACAGACCUUCCAGGGCCAUAGCGACGUCGUCAACUCAGCAAUUUUCUCUCAUAAUUCCAAGCUCCUCGCCUCAGCUUCAAGAGACCGCACCGUGAAGGUGUGGGAUGCCAACAGCGGGUUGUGCCUACAAACCCUCAAAGGUCACAGUGACCUAGUCCGCUCGACCGUUUUCUCACGUGAAUCCAAGUUCCUCGCGUCAUCUUCCCAGGAUCGCACCAUCAAGGUCUGGGAUGUUGUCAACGGCCAGUGCCUACAGACUCUUAACGUUGGAAUAACCAGCUCUGUGAGAUUAUUCGACAUUACGAACUCAUACCUUGAAACUACAUGGAUCCGGGAGCCGCGCGAUAUGAGGGUUUCUGUAUAA